UUACGUUCGAAUAUUGAGCUCAGCUCGAGGGCAUCAACGAGGUACGCUGUAUUUUGAAACUAGGGCUACGGUUUUUCAUCUUCAUUAUGACUUGUUUUUGUUUACAUUAUUGAUAGAUGUUGAUGAAUAAUUCUGUUAUAAACUUAGGGUUUUGUUUGAUCGUUUGAUUUGAUUGUUUAUCGGGUAAAUUUUGAGUGUUUUUUUUUAUGUAGCCGAUCUAGUCUGUGAAGUAUGAAGGAACAUGAGGAUUGUGAUAUGAAUAGGAUUGAGAAAGCUAGUGUGAUUGUUGAUUCUACUGUACUUGAAGAAAUUGUAACUGAGGAGGGGAAAACUGAGGGGGUUUUGGGUGGGAGAGAUGAAGGGGAGGAUAUGAUGGUGGAUGUUGUGGGUGCUGAUGCUGUUGAUUUGGAUGGUAAAGCGGAUUCGGUUCGAUUGGUGGAAGAGUGUAUGCAGAAAGAAACAGAGUCUCAUGAUCUGAAUAUGGAUGUGAAAGAAGAAGUUGCAGGCUCAGGUGAAGAAGAUGUUUGUCAUGAUUCAAUUGGAAGUAGUGUUUCAACUGUUGAGAAAGUUGAGGUUCGAGAUUGUGAAAUGGGUUUUGAAUCAAGGGGAGAGUCUCAAAUUGGUGGAGGGGAUAUUGCUGGAAUUGAUGGGAAGGAGCUAACGGAAAGAGGUUUGAUUGUCGAGCAGUGUGUAGAAUCUGUUGAAGAUUGUUUGCAGAAAGAAACAGAGAUCCGUGAUCUGAAUAUGGAUACGAAACAAGUUGCAGGUUCAGGUGAAGAAGAUGUUUGUCAUGAUUCAGUUGGAAGUGGGGUUUUAGCUUUUGAGAAAGUUGAGGUGACAGUGAACGAGGAAGGUUUGAAAACGAGUAUAGAGGUACGAGAAUGUGAAAUGGGUUUUGAAUCAAAGGGAGAGCCUCAAUUUGGUGGAGGAGAUAUUACUGGCAAGGAGCAAAUGGAAAGAGGUUCAACCGUGGAGCAACAUGUAGAAUCUGUUGAAGAGUGUAUGCAGAAAGAAACUGAGACUCAUGAUCUGAAUGUGGAUAUGGAAGAAGCUGCGGCUUCAGGUGAAGAUGUUUGUCGUGAUUCAGCUGGAAGUGGGGUUGCAGCUUUUGAGAAAGUUGAGGUGACGGUGAUUGAGGAAGGGUUGAACACAAGUUUAGAGGUAAGCAAAGACGUUCUUCAAGGCAAUGAUGCAACUGCUUGUGGAUCCUUGGUACAAGAUUCUAAAGAAUCAUCAAUUGGUGGAGGAAAUAUUGUUGUAAUAGAUAACAAGGAUCUAACUGAUAGAGGUUCAACCGAGGAGGUCGUGGAGCAGCAUGUAGAAUCUGUUGAAGAGGUGGGUGACGGAGAUCGUGUGAUGGAUGGAAAAACCAAGAAAGAAGCCGAGACUGUAGAUUCGUCAAAGAUUGAAGAGUCACUUGCUACAACAACCAACCUGUGUUCACAAGAAGUUGACAUGAUAGUUGUGGAGGAUGGUUUUGCCAGCAAAGAUGAAGCUAAAGAUGGCGUUUCUGUGGAUCCAAGUUUAGUUUCUGCUAAUAAUCAAGAUUCUUCAACUGAGUUGGUCAAUGUAGGAACUGAUGAAGUUGAUGGAAGGAGCAAAGAAGAUUGUAUGCAUCCAAUAAACGAAAUUAUAACAGAUGAUUCUCAAGGAAAUGCAAGCAGAGAGACUCGUUUUGUUGGAGGAGAAAAUGAUUUGAUAGAUAGGGAGGUGGAAUUAGAUAGAGGUUUGGCCAAGGAGAUCAUGGAACAGCCUAUAGAAUGUGAUCAACAAGUGGGUAAUGAAGAUUGUGUGGUGGAUGAAAAAAUUGGGAAAGAAUCUGAAGAUUUAGAUUCCACGAAGAUUCCAGAGCCUUCGACCACAACAAAUCCUGGUUCUGAGGAUGUUGAUGUUGUGGUUGUAGAGGAGGGUUUAGCCAGCAAAGAUGAAGCUCAAGAUGGCGUUUCAGUGGAUCCGAGUUUGGUUUGUGCUGAUAAUAGAAGUUUACCGACUAAGGUGGUUAAUUCAGCAACAAGUGAAGGUGAUGUCAUUGCACAAGCCGAAAAUGUGGACCAACAAGCUGAAGUUAUAUCACACGGUGCUCGAAAUCUUGAAAAUGGAACUGGGGUCGGAGAUUCCAAAUCGGCUGUUGAUUCAUCUAGUGGAGAGCCUCAAUUUGGAGGAGAAACUGCUGUAAUAGAUAUAGAGGAAACAGAAAAGGGUUUGACUGCCGAGGAAAAGGAGAUUGUGGAGCAGCAUCCUGAAUCUGUUCAAAAGGUGAUUCAUGGAGAUGGGGUGAUGGAUGAGAAAACUCGAAAGGAAGACGAGGUUUUGGAUUCCUCAAAGAUUCCAGAAUCAUUAAUCGCAACCAAUCUUGGUCCAGAAGAAGUUUUAACCAUGAAAAAUGUAGCUCAAGAUAGUGAUUCUGUUGGUCAGAGGUUAGUUUACCCUGAUAACCAAAGUUUAUCAACUGAAAACUCAGACCCACGAGCUGAAAUUGACACAACGAGCAAAGAUGAGAGUGUGCAUCCAACAGUAGAAAUCACCGCAUGCACCGGAGUUGAUCAAGGUAUAAAAGCAGGGGAUGCCAGCAGGUGUUCGAUAAAUGAUGCAGCUGUGUGUGUUAAGCCAUCUAAUGAAGUCCCAACUUCCGCUGAGAUGAAUGGUUUCCAAGUCUCAGCCGAUGCUUUUGAGGAAGUCAACGGUGUGACACCAUGUGCAGAUGUAGUCAAACAUUGUGUAGUGCACGAGGACUCAGGUUUUUCAUAUGAAGAUGCUCACAUGGAGCGAGGAGAGGAUGCAGGGAUGGACAUUGAUGAAGUAUUGGGAUGGAAAGAUGAAAUGCCCGGGAUUGAUGUUUUAAGUGGUCAUCAAGAAAAAGAUCAACACGAUAAGAUUAAUGCGGACUCUGAAGGGGGCAACAUCGUUAAUAAUGUAGUUUCUUUUAAAAAACGGAAGUUUCUUGAUCCCAUUUCUGAUGGUUCAGAGAAAAAGCCGAACCUAAAUCUUGAAAAAGUAGCAACUGCUCUAAUUUCAACUCCUAAGCCGUCCUUCAAAGUUGGCGAAUGCAUUCAAAGGGUAGCGACCCAGCUGACUGGGCCACCAUUAGUUCUGAAGUCCGACAACGAUCCAAAUGGUCAACGUGUUGACCAACUAGUUGGACCUGAGAACUCCCAAAUGGAAAGGAUGAUUGUCGAGAGUAAGCAAUCAUCUGUAGAUGAGAUGCUAUCACAACUCCAGUUGGUUGCUCAAGAUCCCAUGAAAGGACACACCUUUUUAAAUACCAUCAAACCGUUCUUUUAUGAUCAUAGAGCUGUUGGAAGACCGGUCAGUGUUAGGAAGAGAAAAACGUCCAACGAAAACGAAGCUGAAGAGUUUGAAUUUGACGAUGUUAAUGAUUCUUAUUGGACGGAUAGGAUCAUCCAAAACCAUUCGGAAGAGCAAUUGUUGCAAGAUAAUCAGAAUGGAGGGCAAGAACAUCAUGUUGUGGUUUCUGAACCAGAUAAACCAGCAAAAGCAAAUCGUAGAUCGAAUAAAAAACGGUUUUUGUUUAGUAAUCAUGAAAUGGGGUUAAAGGAACAAUCAGAGCUCGUUGAGCGUAGGCGGCAAAAUUUGGCAACGGAGGUUGUAUUGAAGUUCCCGGAGGGUAUCUAUUUUCCUUCGGAAAUUCAUCUAAAUAAAAUGUUUAGACGGUUUGGGGCUUUGAUGGAAUCGGAAACCGAAGUUGAUAGGCAGAACGGGCGUGCACGAGUGGUGUUCAAAAAAUGUUGCGAUGCAGAAGUUGCUCAUAGUAGUGCCGGGAAGUUCAACAUUUUUGGGCCAAUCAAUGUAAAUUAUGAGCUCAAUUAUAACCCGUUAGUCUCGUACAAACCCUUGCCCCUUUCGUUAUUACAAGAAGACUCCAUGGAUGCAAGCUAAUGUCAUUGCUGCAGAAGUUAUUCUUUUCAGACAUCUGGUCAAAACAUUGGGCUGCAGCUUCUUGGAAAAGCAUUGUGCUUCAUGAAAGGUAAGUAAUAACUUAUUUGUGCCUUUUAGAAUGCUUCUUUUGCCUUCAAUUCAAAUAAAAAGAAAAUAUGAAGGGCAAAUUUCAAAUGAGUAGUUUAUGUUGUUGUCAUACCUAUUUCGAUUGCAUCCGAUUAUUGUUAUAUUGGAUUUAUCGAUCGUUUUUUUAGAGUCUAGUUGAAUCCUUUCGGUUGUUA